AUGGCGGCUGCGGCGGUGGUUGAAUUUCAGAGGGCUCAGUCUCUCAUUAGCACGGAUCGCAACGCUUCCAUUGAUAUCCUGCAUUCAAUAGUGAGGAGAGAUGUUCAAGAAAACGAUGAGGAGGCUGUCAGAGUUAAAGAACAGAGCAUCCUGGAGCUGGGGACACUCCUGGCCAAGACGGGGCAGGCUGCAGAGUUAGGAGGACUGCUAAAAUUUGUGAGGCCGUUCCUGAUAUCCAUCAGCAAGGCCAAGGCAGCCCGGCUUGUCCGUUCUCUGCUGGACCUCUUUCUUGACAUGGAGGCAGCAACAGGGCAAGAGGUAGAGCUGUGUCUUGAAUGCAUUGAGUGGGCCAAAGCUGAGAAGAGGACGUUCCUGCGACAGGCUCUUGAGGCUCGACUGAUCUCUCUAUAUUUUGACACCAAAAGAUACCAGGAGGCCUUGGCACUUGGCUCUCAGUUGCUCCAGGAGCUAAAGAAGAUGGAUGACAAAGCCCUGCUUGUGGAGGUUCAACUGCUGGAGAGUAAGACAUACCACGCCCUCAGUAACCUGCCCAAGGCCCGUGCUGCCCUCACCUCAGCCAGGACAACAGCUAAUGCCAUUUACUGUCCCCCAAAGCUCCAGGCGGCACUGGACAUGCAGUCAGGGAUCAUCCAUGCAGCAGAGGAGAAGGACUGGAAGACGGCCUACUCCUACUUCUUUGAGGCCUUCGAGGGUUAUGACUCCAUUGACAGCCCAAGAGCCAUCACGGCACUCAAAUACAUGCUGCUCUGCAAGAUUGUGCUCAACUCUCCAGAGGAGGUGCAGGCUCUGAUCAGUGGGAAACUGGCCCUGCGGUAUGCUGGCCGACAGACAGAUGCAUUGAAAUGUGUUGCUCAAGCUAGCAAGAACAGAUCUUUAGCAGACUUUGAAAAGGCCCUCACAGAUUACAGAGCAGAGUUGAGGGAUGACCCCAUCAUCAGCACUCAUCUGGCCAAGCUGUAUGACAACUUGUUGGAACAGAACCUCAUCAGAGUUAUUGAACCCUUCUCCAGAGUACAGAUAGAGCAUAUAUCAGGUCUCAUUAAGCUGUCAAAGGGGGAUGUUGAGAGGAAAUUGUCACAGAUGAUCCUGGAUAAAAAGUUUCAUGGAAUCUUGGACCAAGGUGAAGGUGUCUUGAUCAUAUUUGAGGAGCCCCCAGUGGACAAGACUUACGAAGCAGCCCUGGAGACGAUUCAGAAUAUGAGCAAAGUUGUGGAUUCGCUCUACAACAAAGCCAAGAAGCUAACAUAGGAGAACAAAUGGUGACCACAGUUGUGCAGUUGAGGAAGUGUCUGUGAGUGACCAGCGUGUGUAAUAUUUUAAGAAGGGGACAAGGGAGAGCAACAAAAGUCCCACAAACUGCAACAAACAGGAUAACCAGUUCCCCCAUGAAAGUCCCCCUCUCGCUCAAUGGACAAUUUCAUCACUUCUCUUGUCUUCUUUCCCCCCCCCCCCCUCUUUCAUUUUUGAUAUCCAUUCAGGAUUCUGUAUAACACUCAGCGGCCAGAGCAGGCUAUCAGGGAAUAUUGUACAACCACAAUUAAAGAUUAACAAGUAAAAGAAUACAUAUAUGUUUAUAUCUCCUAUAGAAAUAAAUGUCAGGCUUUAAAAGCCUUCAGAUGACUCCCCUGCAACAUCGACCUCUGGAGCCUCAGACCCUGCUGCUAUCUCUACAUGGCAGGGACAAGGCUUUAUCUUUUCUUUUUUUUUCUUUUUUCUUUUUUAUUCCUGGUUCAUAUCUUUCAGAAGCGCAUUGUUCAGUUUAGAAGGUUAGGAUACUCCUGGGGGGGGGGGGGUACUCUGGCAAUUGAAUCUUGGUCAAAGAGCUCCCUCUAGCUCUUGCAUCUGUGCUCACCAUAUCAUUGCCAACAGUCUAUCCCCAUUGUAUUUCAGAUAGUCAUCAAAUUCACUUUUCUGAUUUGCGUUUUUGUCUGUGAAUAAAAGUUAUUUCGACCUCUUUUGGCCCAUCUACUCACCUAAGUACAUAGAGCAAAUAGGAUACUGAUUCAUACCGCUCGUGCCCCCCUUUUUUUUUUUUUGCCCUUUUUGCCUCUGUUUGGGUGCAAUAUAAUUUAGGGGUACAGAUGUGGAGUUGUAUUCAUUGCCUCUGAGCAUCUAUGUCUUAUCCCCCAAGUGAGCAAUUCUUCAUGGUUAGUUUCUAGCACUACUGUGGUGUGCUAGUAACCAAACAAUUUGUAUGGUUUUGAGUUUUGUUUUCAUUUAUAAAGUCAUUUUCAAAAUAAAUAUUUUGUAUUUUAUGGAUUUUGUCUGCCUCUUGCAAAAAAAAAAUACAAAAAAAAAUCACUGAAUUGAUGUGAUCUGACCUGGUUACUCUUUGGUUGUCUUCUGUUUGAUUGGUGUUUGCUUGAGGGGUUUGCCAACUUAAAAGAAUAUAUACAGGCAUUUGUAUGAUUUGGAGGAUAAUUGUGCCUAUAGUUUUUAUGGGGGAAAAAAAUAAAGGGAAGAUGUGUAGGCCAGAGGAAAGAGUAACUGCUGAAAUCAAACCACAGAAAGACAUUAACACUGUUUGAGAUGGGGAAUUUGAUUGAAGUUUUAUCUCCUGUAGGCAAAGUGGUGACAAUGUAAAAAGAAAAAGGAAAAAAAAACCUGCUCGAAGGGCAUUAAAUCACAGUUCAAUGACAGCUUUGGACUUUAUUUGAUUUUUUUUCAUAGUCUUGUGGUUAGUUAGGACAGUGAAAGAUGUGAGCGUGGUGGGAGGGAGUGACGUGCAACACAGGUCCUGAACUUCAUUCAGUCCCAGGAUGUUGUGGUGAUGCUUGAGACUUCAUGAUACAUGUUAAUUGUUUGAGCCACCAAGGCGGCUCCUUGGUUUUGUCGUAGUUUUUGCAUUCGUUUUCAUUCGAACCGUGAACAAUGUUAGGAAGAACAGGCUGGAGACUCGAGACCAGCCUUUAUUAUUAUGAUAUUACACGGUGUUAACCUGAUCCAUCAUUGUCAGAUUUGGGAAGGGGGUGUGGAUUUUACUGUAUGAUUUCAGACCACAAUUAUCAAGACGGGGUAUCGGUAAUGAGAGCAUCUGCAGCGUCUGUUGUAAUCCAAUGCUCAUGCAAGGCAUUGCUUCCUGUGCGCUUCCAGAUGACCGAGACUGGUUUUCCAUUUCUUAUUUCAGACGAUAGCUUCACUGUGCAGGUUCGCUCAUGUUUAUCUGCUGAUAUCAGAGUGCUCUAACAAGUGCCAUAACUUGUGGAAUUUUUUUUUCUCCCUCAAAGCCAUGUCGACAAGAAGCACAGUCAUUAGUACACUUUAAUUUCUCAAAUGGGAGGUGUUCAGAGCUGUCAUGCUAUUUUAGAGGAGGAAGUUUUGGGAAAUGUAAAGUCCCCCACGCUGUAAUUGAAAGCCUCAAAUUUCCGUCAAGAGGAUAUUCUUUUGAUUUUUUUUUCUUUUGGGAUGCCCUCUUUGGUGCACGUGUUGACAAAAGUACAGCUUCUUUUUACAGUGUCCCAUGUCAUCCAAAACAAAGACUGAUUCCUUUGUCACUCUUGUUCUAAUUUCAUGUUUUAUUACUAUUCAUGUCUAUAAAUUUGUAAUAUAGCUUGUCAUCUAUUCACUGCUUCAUUUUGAUUUCCAGUCCAAAAAUAAAGUAUGGUUGCUUGGUUUGGAUUUCUAUUCACAUCAGUAUCAAUUGUACAAGCGGUUCUUACUGAUCAACAAUUACCGAUCAAAGCUAUCUGAUGUUCAGAUGAGUUAAAAUAAAAUCUUUUUUU